AUGACGGUGAAUGGGGCGAAGGGAGAUGCCAAGGUAACGGAUGAUGAUGAAAUCGCGACGGGAUUACGAGACGAGGUGCAGACGGUUGAGACGGUGGAGGAAGCGAGGCGAGUGUUGAAGAUAUUGCUCGACAACGCCGGAACCGAGGAUCAACCGAUGUAUCACGCGUGUGAUACCGAAGUUGCGUACAUAAGCGUCGCGGAUCAAACGCCUGUUGGCCACGGGCAAGUUACGUGCUUCUCCGUCUACGUAGGACCGGAUGUCAACUUCGCUCCCGAAGGCGAAAGCAAGAGGAGUUUGUUGUGGGUCGACACCUUGCGUGGUGGCGACGGCGUUUGGGAGGUGUUCAAGGAGUACUUUGAGAACGCAAACGUCAAGAAAGUUUGGCACAACUAUAGCUUCGAUCGCCACGUAGUGGAGAACCAUCACGGCAUCAAACUCGCCGGGUUCGCGGCGGAUACCAUGCACAUGGCACGUCUAUGGAACUCAAACAGAAAACUCGACGGUGGCUACAGCUUGGAAGCUUUGUCUUCGAGCGCAGACGCAAUGAGCGAAUGCGCUGAGAUGCUCGGUGCGGGAGCGGAGAUGAUGCGUGCGAAAAGAGGUAUGAAGAAAAUCUUUGGCAAGCCCAAGCUCAAAAAGGAUGGGACUCCUGGGAAGACGAUGAUUCUGCCACCGAUUGAAGAAAUUCAAGAAGCUCGCGAUUCGCGUGAUAGAUGGAUUGAGUACUCCGCGCUCGACGCGCAAGCGACGUGGUUCUUGCGCGAAUCUCUCGAAGCGAAACUCCGCGGGAUGUCGUGCGAAGCGUGUCCGAUUUUGGCGAGCAAGCCUGGAUACCGCAAGUGCGUCACGCUUUGGGACUUUUACACGUUCUACCUCGCCGAAUUCGGCAAUUUGUUGACGCAGAUGGAACGAAAUGGCCUUCUUGUCGAUAAAGCUCAUUUGGCGCACGCGGAGAAGAUGGCGCACGAAGAUAAGCGCGUGGCGGAAGACUACUUUAGAAACUGGGCUGCUUCGAAAUGCGAAGGCGCGCGAAUCAUGAAUGUCGGUUCAGGGUUGCAAGUUCGUCAGCUUUUAUUCGCCGGUGCGAAGAACAAGCGUCGUGACAAACCUGGGGUUGAGCUCACCCGCGAGUUCACGCAAGAGUCUUCCGAAUGGAUCGCUUGGGAUGCCGCCGGUCGAGAAGGCAAGGCGCCGAAGAAGACGAUGAAGGUUGCUCUUCACGGUAUCACGGUGAAGCCGAUCCAAGUGCAGACGUUCACCGCAACUGGACUUCCUGCUGUCAGCAGUGUUGUUCUGCGCGCUCUUGCGGGCAAACCUGGCGCCGCUCGCGCCAUCAUGGAUACUUGGGACUCGCUCGCGGACGCCGAGAAAACCGAAGAUGUGUUGAAGAAGGCGUGCGGCACCGCAUUUGAAGCCUUUGGCGGCGGUAAAGAGGGCGUACAAGCGUGUGCCGCUAUCGAUGCGUUGAACGACGUGGCGGCCAUCGACACUUUAUUGUCGAACUUUAUCAUUCCUCUGCAAGGGGAUGAUAUUCGUGGACCCGAAGGCCGCGUGCACGGCGCGCUGAACAUCAACACCGAGACCGGACGCCUAUCCGCUCGUCGGCCGAGUUUGCAAAAUCAGCCCGCGCUCGAAAAGGACCGUUAUGGUAUCCGUAAGGCGUUCACCGCGGGGCCUGGGAAUAUUCUCGUCGUCGCCGAUUAUGGUCAGCUCGAGCUUCGCCUUUUGGCGCACAUGGCUGAUUGUAAGUCGAUGCAAGAAGCCUUUGAAGCCGGCGGCGAUUUCCACAGCCGAACGGCGCUCGGAAUGUACUCCAACAUUAAGGAAGCCAUCGAUAAGGGCGAAGUUGUCUUGGAAUACGGCGAACAAGAGGAAACCGUGGACGAGAAAGAUCGCCCUGCGCUCGUAAAGGAUGUGUUCGCGAGCGAACGUCGCAAGGCCAAGGUACUCAACUUCAGUAUCGCAUACGGCAAAACUGCGCACGGCUUGGCGAAGGAUUGGGGCACGUCUCUCGAGGAAGCCGCCAACACGGUUGAGCUUUGGUACGCCGACCGCCCAGAAGUUCGAGAAUGGCAAGAAGUGCAGAAGAAGAUGGCGGUGGAAAAGAACCUGGUGCGCACCCUCCUCGGGCGCGUUCGCAACUUACCCGACGCCUCGAGCAAGAACGAAGCCUUCAAAUCGCACGCGCUUCGCGCAUCCAUCAACACCCCGAUUCAAGGCGGCGCCGCCGACAUCGCCAUGUUAGCCAUGCUUCAGAUUCAACGCUGUCCACGCCUAAAAGAGCUCGGUUACAAGCUCUUGAUGCAAAUUCACGACGAAGUCAUCUUAGAAGGUCCCGAAGAGCACAAAGAUGAGGCGUUGGCGCUCACCAAGUAUCACAUGGAGAACCCAUUUCCCGGCCACGUCAACUUGUUGAACGUCGCGCUAGCCGUCGACGGCGAUUACGCCAAGACGUGGUACGAGGCUAAAUAA